GUCGUUUUCUCCCCGCGUCGUCUGUCUCUCUGCCAAUACCGAGCGAGCGGGAGUUCUUGAAACCGACUUCUAUAUGCACCAAUGCUUAUACGGCAGGCUAUGCGACACAUUCAUCGAGGACUCGAAGGCCAUCAUCCAACAUGGCAGCGGCCAGGACAAACGGUCGGCUCUCGACACCUUGUACACGGCGCUCCAGAGCCGCCUGGCCAUGAUACACCCCUUCAUGUCCUUCCUGACGGAAGAGUUGUGGCAGCGUCUCCACCGCCGACCCAGAGACACUACAGCGUCCAUCCAGGACGGCCGAAGACGAAGUCCAUGCCCAACUCCCUUCCCUGACGAAUGACGACCAUGGGCUUCAGGCGUCCGAAAUCGCUCGGAUCAAAGACUGGCACCAAAAAAGCCAUUCGGUCCG